UUGGCUGACAGGAGCGUACGUCAGCGCCUCUCACCGCUCCAACCCCCUCAUGCCUCUGGCGGUCACACAGACGCAAGUGUAAAAGUAGCAGCUUCAACUGUUGCCCGGACUAACCCAUUCAGCAUCCAGGUCCCACACACUUUGACAGAGAGGAGAGAGACGGCGCGAAGAGUGUGGAGGGGGGAAAGUAAGAGGAGAGCUGGAACAUUUGCGCACAGCUUUUCUUGUCUGGAUUGGGCUCGGAUAGCUCUGGACUGCACAGUUUGCCCCUUUCCCUUGGAUUUUUGUAUUGGUUUCAGGACUUGGAGUGAAUUUCUAAGAAUGAGUUCCUCGCACCUGUUCCUGCUGAUGUUGAACUGUUUGCUGGGCGCCGCAUCGGUCAGGACAGUAACCGAGGACAGCAGUUUCCUCCACUCCUCGUCGGAUCCGUUCUCAGAUGACCUGGAUCUGGACAUGGUCUCCCAGCACAUGUCCAGAUUGUACGAGAAAUACAACAAGGAAAACCGACUCAAAGAAGGAAACACCGUCAGGAGUUUCAGAGCCAGCCAAGACUCUGACGACCACAGGAUGAUGUACCAACUAAACCUUACAACCCUCCAGGACUCAGAGGUCAUCCUUUCUGCCACAUUCCACUUCCUGCUCGACAGGCACCCACAUCAAAAACCCUGGUUCUGUAAACGCUUCAAGAGCCCAUCCUGUCGUUCAUCGGCCAUCCACCCUGCUCCCUCCAUCAGCUUGCUUCUUCACUCUGUCUCCUCUGGGUCAGAGGUCAGAUCUGGGUCAAUGGGGUCAUUUUUAGGCAAUGUGACCUUCCACCCCCACAGGAGAGGGGUGUGGCAGAUGAAAGAUGUGACCCAGGUCAUAAAGAAGGCACGGGAUAAGGGUCAUCUGCUGGUGUCAGUUGAAUUGGACUUGGGGCAGCAGCACCAGAAGAAACCAGAGGAGAUACUCCAUGCUAGAAGCAUGCCAUACCUGCUGCUGUAUGCCGACGAUCAAGCCUUGGCAGAGCCCAACAGUGUGGCUGCAAGCCUCCAAAGAUAUGACCCUUUCAACGAGGGAGGAGAGCCCUCACAUUCCUCUCAGCUCCUCCACAGACCUGACUCCUCACCAGAGUUGAAAGGACGUGUGAGAAGGGAAGCAAAUCUGCUCUCUGACCCCAUCCAGAACAAUGAGCUGCCUGAGGUUGACUACAGACCCGAUGGAAACAGGAAAGAUGACCUUUGGGAGAGCACUUGGUACCUGGCGCUCAAACCCAAACCCAAGUUGGAAAGGAAGGAAAAGAAGAGAAAAAGUCAAGAGGAAGAAGAAAAGGGGCAAGAUGGAAAGGUGCACGACCCUCAGGUUCUUAAAGAAGAAGAAACAACAUCCCGGGGGAUCAAAACCGAUGACACGUCAACUGUGAAGAAAGAUAGUUACGCGGUGACUACCAGUGACAGGCGAAAGCAUGAGAGGAGAAAUGAGGAAAGGGAUGGAAAGAAACCCAAGGGGAGUGCUAACACUCAGUCGAUUUUGAGUUUUGAUGAGCAAACGAUGCGUAAGGCCAGGAGACGGCAGUGGGGGAACACGCAUCACAGAGGCUGUUCCAGGAGGAACCUCAGAGUGGACUUUGCAGACAUUGGCUGGAGUGAAUGGGUCAUAGCGCCCAAGGCCUUUGAGGCCUACUAUUGUGCUGGCACAUGUGGAUUCCCCAUGUCCAAAGUGGCGAGGCCCUCUAACCACGCCACCAUCCAGAGCAUAGUCCGAGCGGUUGGCAUCAUCCCCGGGGUUCCUGAGCCCUGCUGCGUCCCAGAAAAGAUGAGUCCUCUGGGUGUGCUGUACCUGGAUGAAUCCAGGAACCCAGUGCUCAAGGUUUACCCCAACAUGUCUGUCCAGUCCUGCUCCUGCAGAUAGGAGGAGAGUAUACAGGACACACAACAAAGUGGAUGUGGAGAAAAACAGAAAACAGGACUGAUGGAGAACCAUACCUCUGUUAAGUGGUUUCCUGAUACCGAGGAACAAAGUCAUUUUGGCCGUCGUUAUUCCUCAAGGAGCAUAAGCAGUAGAGAAACCACUUCCAUCUCUUCUGUCCUACGGCAGCAGACUUAAAGAGACGCUUUGUCUGGCAGCUGCGUUAGCAAGAGGAACAGACACUUGUAAAGUCAGUGCUCCACAUGUCCGAAGACCAGUAGUUUUUAUUCUGUGUAUGAAAUAAUAUCAAGGAUUUCAUGAACACAAGCAUUUAAGGGAUUUUUUUCCUUUUUCUGUGGCCGAAUGUAGUUGUUUUUCAAGCAGCUCACAGUGAGUUCAUGUUCAUGUUUUCUUUGAAUGCAAAGACUAUAAAUAAAAGACUUUAUCAAUGUGUCACCGGGCAGCUUACACAGCAGCAUAUGUAUGAGAGAGAUUAUGAAGCAUGUCCGCAUUUCUACAUACUGUGUCGCGAUGUUCUUACUUUUGAGUAAACCAUACGCCAUAUCGCCAUAUUGUACAUACAUGCAGUGUUCAUUUGUUUGCAAGUCAAGAAUGCUAUUGUAGAUUCUUUAUAUCUUAAAGAGGAAGCAUCCGUUGAAUUACACGGAGCAUCUGGAAUUCAUUUGCACCACAAACCUCCUCAUAACACUUCAAGAAUGUUAUAAUGAAACCCGCAAUUUUUUUUUUUUUUUUUUUUUUAUUCUGAAUGUGAAACUCGGUUAAAAAUAAUGUGUCAUGGUUACUAGAUUGUGUAUUACUAUAUUUUAGACUAUGUUUUGUACAUGUGUAUUGUUUAAAUUAUGAAAAGGUAGCCUUCUAUACGUUAGAAUAAAAAAAAAAAGUAAUUUAAUCCAA